CGCACAUUAAAACUUUUUUCAUCCACACGUAUUGCGAGGGUCUUGCUUCGCGCAGCGCUUGCCUCACUUCAUUCGUCCACACGGCCCGAAAAAACCCGCGUAAACAGAAAAUGGCCGCCGCCGCCGCCGACCUCAAAAUGGAGAGCGCCAAAACCGUAGACGUCCACCUAUUCUCCUGCGACAUCAAGCACCGUGGCAAGGCCAAGGCGUCCACUUACUUUUUGCCCCACGUCGAACCGGUCGAUGGACAGCCGGGCAUCUUCAAGUCUCACCUGCGCGGUCGACCGCUCAAGGGCCGUCACCUGACCCUUCCGGAGGGCUACAGCGGCAUAGUUGCGCGCAGUGCAGCCACGGACUCCGGCGAAAGCAGCACGAAACAACUUUACGUGAGCGGUAGGUUCGACAAGAUAACCGCAUGGAACUGGAGCAUCCCGCUGUACGAGGACAGGUGCCGGCAGAUCAACGACUGGAUCGUCGUGAACCAGGCGCUGCACGGACAGAGCGACGACGAGUGAAAGACGCGCCAAAUCAAACGCGCGCCUAGUGAAAUGUGCUGUUCAUGAAUAUCGCGGUGCGGUUUUGAAAAGUUGGGUGUUGUUCAGAGAAUUGUUCUGUUAAAUCGCGCCGACCUGUGUUUACUCGAGGCGGCGAUGCUGGAGGUUGUUCGGUUGUGACUGUUCGAUGCCGUUUACUAACUGUGGUGCGCGCAACAUCACCGCGUGGCAUUCGAUGUGGUCACUAAGAAGUCUGUUUCAUUCCAACCGCAAGCUUUUUUUUUUUUUUUUUGCCGUGUUUGUUGCGUUAAAAUAGCGGCAAUAAAGUAUACCUUGCAAAUCACAGAGGUGCACCUUUCUGCAGCGUUACCGAGUUGUGUGCGUUUUUGCAAUGACUGGGCGCGCGCUCUGAAAUGUGGUUUCUGGAAAAUCGUAUUUUUCGUUUAUUCGUGAGCCAGUGCAGGAAAAAUUGAUGCGACAUCGUGCCGUUGUCAUUCAAGGGCAAGCGCUUAAUACCGCUCUUCACCGACUUCCUUGUGUCUAUAAGUUCGGUACAGUGCACGUAUGGAACCUGAACCAAGGUACCCAGAGUGCAGCCUAGUUGCACAACUUGGCACUACAAAAUCUGCUGCAUACCGGCUUCCUGUGUUCACCACACGCAAUGCUUUUCUCUGUUAAUGCUUCAAGGCUAGCCAUCAUUUACACCAUGCUUUUUUUGUAGGCAGGCUUCACAAGCAUCCUGCACACGUCCCACUAAGCAUUUAAACUGAAUACCUAUGCUGCAAGAGCACAGCAUGACAAUAAGUGUUCAACACCUCAUGUCGUUUAAGCACUACAGUACUGAAAAACGAACAGCAUAUGUGUCCUGUGCCAGUACGGGAGGCAGCGUUGCAACAUCUUCUGUGGUCACGCUCCAGGUUGUACACUGUCCGUCAAUGUAAUCUGCACCACAUGUGCAUGGACCACAUUAGAAUUC